AAACAAAUGUCUCAGGCCACAAAACCUUGUUGCUUUUCUUUAUGCGUCUUGACUAAAUCCUUAUCAUUUUGUAUGUUUUUAUUCUUUUAACAAUUUCAUGUGACACAGCAAAUCAAAGCAACGUGGUGAAAACACAUAAAUGGGCAUUACUUACUGACUCUUAAUCCUCUUAGACAGUCUCAGAUAAUAAUUUGUGAGCGGCACUAGGUGUGUCUGCCAAAAGACAUCCAAAUUUGUGGCAAGUACACAUGGUUCAAACCCCUGUCUAAUUUAGAUUUUUGGGGCGAAGUUGAUGGAAGGGUGGGUGAACUUUUACAUAACAGAAAAUGUUUCAUAGGUACCCAUACUGUAUAUUCAGGCAUUCACUUCCAUCAAUAUAAUACGUGUCCAGCCUAAACUUCCAUGUUGCCACUUGUGACUAUAUGUCUUUCACUCAUUAUGGAAACUGUAUCCCAACUGUUCGUGGAGGGGUGGCCCUCAAAGUCUUGAGUAUUAUCAACCCUUGGUGGCAGGAAAGGGCGAUUCCCUGUGUGAGUGAUUGAGAGAUCUGGUUGUUCAGUUUGGUUUCAAGGUAUAAUAACAUGCUGUAAAAGUCAUGUGGGUUGUGUGUGCGUGAGACCCUAAACCCUAAAAUUCAGCAAAGUGAGCCCAUGACAUCACCACAUACGUAGAUGGAUGGGGGGUCUGUAGGGAGAGGGCUGGUUACGUACAGUUAACAGCAGACAUUUAUAUUUAGCUGUGGAGACGAAGAGAGGGGGUCAAACUCGGAAAGAGGGUGCUGUUUGUCAUAAUACCCCUCCUCCAUCUUCCCACUUAGCCAGGGAUUGAGAGGUGUCAGGAUUCAUCAGGUGUUCCUUUUUUUGGGAGGGGUUAUGUUUCAAAACCAAGUCACUGCAGCUCUACUGCUCUAGAAGUUUCCUUGAGAUAUGAGAUAUACACAGGUGAUACUGUAGACAGUUUGCCAGGGGGAUACUGGGCAUUCCUGUGUAUGCAACUGUGCACACACAUGUCAUAUGUCCACACUCCAGGGGUCGACUGGCAGUUAAAUAAAGCAGCGCACCAGAGGUGAAGGAAUGAGAGAGGGGCAAAGAGGGAGGGAGGCAGGGAGAGUGAGAGAAUCACAUAGAAGAAGAAGAGGGAGGGGCAGAGGAGAGAGAUUUAUUUCCACAGCUGAGGGCUGCCCCUCCCCUGUAUGGUUUGGCGUGGAUCUUGGCUAGACAGUUGAGAAGAUUGACGAGUGAACUGAGGGGAAGAGUGAGGAGAAGAAGGGAAUAAACUUAGUGCAGGAGGAGGACUGUGGACAUGGAUACCCUAGCACUAGAGGCCACCAGCAGUAAAAAGCCUGCUAACGGGGCGGCGGUGGCGACGGCUGCUGCCCCGCUGCCGGUUCAACCCCCGGUCAAACGCAAACCUGCUAAAAAAGCUAAAAAGGCUGUUGUUUUCUUUGAGGUGGAGAUACUGGAUGCCAAGACCAAGGACAAGCUCUGCUUCCUGGACAAGGUCGAGCCAAAUGCCACUAUUGGAGAGAUCAAGUCUAUGUUCCACAAGAGCCAUCCUCAGUGGUACCCAGCCAGACAGUCCAUUCGCCUCGACCCCAAGGGGAAGUCUCUGAAGGAUGAGGAUGUCCUGCAACAUCUCCCUGUGGGAACCACGGCAACCUUCUACUUCAGAGACCUGGGAGCCCAGAUCAGCUGGGUCACGGUCUUUCUGACAGAGUAUACCGGUCCUCUGGUCAUCUAUCUGAUGUUCUACUUCAGGGUUCCCUUCAUCUACGCACCCAAAUAUGACUUUACCACCAGUAAACACUGGGUCGUACACCUCGCCUGUAUGUGUCACUCUUUCCACUACGUUAAGAGGCUGCUGGAGACGCUGUUUGUCCACCGCUUCUCUCAUGGAACAAUGCCGUUACGCAACAUCUUUAAGAACUGUACCUACUACUGGGGCUUUGCAGCAUGGAUGGCCUAUUACAUCAACCACCCGCUGUACACGCCACCCAUCUACGGGGAGCAACAAAUCAGACUGGCCCUCAUCAUAUUCUUGUUCUGUCAGAUUGGCAACUUUUCCAUCCACAUUGCUCUUCGGAACCUCCGUCCACCAGGCUCUAAGACCAGGAAGAUUCCCUAUCCAACCAAAAACCCCUUCACCUGGAUCUUCCUGCUGGUCUCCUGUCCCAACUACACCUAUGAGCUGGGCUCCUGGCUUGGCUUCACAAUGAUGACCCAGUGCCUGCCGGUGGCCUUCUUCACCUUGGUGGGUUUCAUCCAGAUGACAGUGUGGGCCAAGGGGAAGCACCGCAGCUACCUGAAGGAGUUCCGCGACUACCCUCCUCUCCGCUCACCCAUCCUGCCCUUCGUCCUGUAGUGGACUACUCGACCUCUCCCUCACCCAUUCAGCUCUCCCUGUUUGUAGCCGUCAAGUACACCCCCACGUCUCCAACCCCAACCCUAACUGAGAGGGUGCCCACUGCCCUCCCUUUUUCCAUCCUCCAUAAUCUACACUGGAAUUAGUAGACUGACUGAAAGAAUCUAGCCCCACCCCCCCAAACCACAUUUUCUCUUUCCCUUCCUGUCUGCAAUCCAUCAUGUUGAGUGAAAACGUAAAACACUACACUUGCUCUAUUUUUUUUUUUUUUAAUUACCCACAUACAAACCCAUUCUGAUUGGUUAAUUGACUUGUGUGUGUUUGAGUUCCCAGAGCAGUCUUCACUAGCCUUCACUUCAAACUAGCCAGUGUAUACUGAAUGACGUACUGUACAUAAAUACUGUAAGAUGUGUAACCACUCUUAUGUCAUCUGUUGUUUUGGGCCCGAAUCUGCAUCUGGUGAUAUUCAGUAAAACUUAAAACUGCUCAGUUUUUAUAUCUAUUCAUCUAAAUUUGAAACCAUGACAGCUUUUAAUUUUGUUGAUAUCUGAAGUAAUUUAUUAAAAAAAGGUAAACCCAAA